AUGGCUUCCAGCCCGAUCCGACCAUACACCAUUGCUGUGCCCGACUUCAAACUCCAACGGUUGAAGCAGAAACUCGCCAUCUUCGAUCUCCCAGACGACUUCCCCGAGACUGAACCAUGGACUUGCGGUCCCCCUGUCGCCGAUAUCCAACGUCUGGCCAUGUACUGGGCCAAUGGCUUUGAUUGGCGCAAGGCCGAGGCCACGUUGAACGAGUUGCCCAAUUUCAUGACACAGAUCGAUGUCGACGGCUACGGCACCUACGACAUUCACUUCGUCCAUCAGCAGAGCCAAGUCAAGAACGCUAUCCCGUUACUCUUCGCCCACGGCUGGCCAGGUUGUUUCCUUGAAGUAACGAAAAUUCUACCGCUGCUAGUUGACGGGGGCAAGGACUACCCCGCCUUCCACGUGGUGGCCCCGAGCCACGUCAACUUUGGAUUCUCCAGUCCCAGUCGAAAGGCAAAAUUCAACAUCGACCAACACGCCGAAGUCUGCCACAAGCUAAUGCAGAAACUCGGGUAUAAAGAAUACGUCGUCCAAGGCGGCGACCUUGGCUACGGCGUCGCCCGCUUCAUGGCCAUGAAAUACUCAUCAUCCUGCAAAGCGCACCACAUCAACCUCGCCUCACCCGCGGAACCGAAACCAGACACACACCCCGACCUCUAUGCCAAACUCCAAUCCACACCGCUAACGGACUGGGAAAAAGCCGGGGUCGAACGCACCACCGCAUUCGCCACCUCCGGCAUGGCAUACCACAAUAUCCAAGCCACGAAACCGCAAACGAUCGGCUACGCAGUAACGGCUCACCCCGUGGGGCUUCUGGCUUGGAUCUACGAUAAACUCCACGACUGGACCGACGAGUACCCGUGGACCGACGACGAGAUCUUGACUUGGAUCAGUAUUUACGAAUUCUCGACCGCGGGGCCCUGGGCGGACAUGCGGAUUUACUACGACGAUACGCACAGGGAGCCCGAACCGUGUUUCGCGAAAGCGAGAGAUUAUGUGGAUGUCAAGUUGGGGGUGUCGAGGUUUCCAAAGGAAUUGUUGCUGCAGCCGAAACUUUGGCAUUAUACGAUGGGGCCGGUGGUGUUGAUAAAGGAGCAUGAGAGGGGUGGGCAUUUUGCCGCAUGGGAGGUGCCGGAGUUGUUGGUGGGAGAUAUAAGGGAGAUGUUUGGGAAGGGAGGCGGGGCAUUUGGGUGUGUAGAUGGGAAAAGUGGAUAUGAUAACUACACGUGA